AUGGAUCGACCCUAUCAGUUUUCAGAUCCGGAUCAGCGCGUUACCUCUCCGUUAGAUCGACGGCAGCAGGACGUGUACAGGCCGGCGCAAGCUCCGUCUUUCACGACGAAUGUCAACCGCGCGAAGACGAAGAAAUGGGUGGAGGCGAAGCAGGUGUCAUACGGAGGCGACGACUGGGACGACUACGACGAGGACGACGAGUAUGGCGUGUCAGCUGCGGAUGAGCUCCCCGCCGCCGCGUCGUCAUCCUCCCAUGGCAGGAACUUCACCUCGCCGGUGUCCGCGCCCUCGCAGGAGCCGCAGCUACAGCGCAGCAAUUCAUUUGAGCGUGGAGACGAGCGACGCGCAUUCUCUGCCACAAACCCGCCCGUACAAAGCCAUCCACGAUCUCCUGGCCCUCCUCUCCACGUCGAUACCACCGCCCCCGCUAAACAGGGGCAACCACUCAACAGCGCUAGCUCAUACUCUGUGAGCGAUACGAGGCAAGUGAGUGCCACCAGUUUCGCGCCAUCGACCAUAAGCGAUAGUUCGGUGAAUCCGGAGAACCGGCGUGACUUCUCGCCUUCCGCAAUGCCUCCUCCCUUAAGUGCGUCGACGGCCGCUGCCGGACCCCAGUCACCUGCAUCGCAAAACAAGGGAAAGCCCUUCAUUCGACCUUCAGACAUAUACAAGCGCAUGGAAGAGGAGCAAGAGAAAGAGCGCAGAGCGUCGAUAGAGUCUUCGCGAAGCCAGGACGCGACCAGUCCAGCACCCAAGUCGUCAGAGCCGUUCUUUCCAAGGCCAGAACCUAGACUGGAGUCUACUUAUCGCAUGGGAGCACCUCUUGAGACUGUGGCGGAGAGAAAAAGCGAGUACGGUAUGCCGGGCCUUACGACGUCUGACGACUCCAAACCGGCCUUCACCAGUUUAUCACUGCCAGAAUUCGAGUCGGGAUCGAGCUUUGGCAACUUCUGGGACAAGCCAUCGCAAGAAAGCACGACGUCUCAAAUUGCGAAGCCCGAUGAUUCGGCGCUACAUCAUCAACCAUCUGUGGGCUAUCGGUCAAUGGUCCACCAGGCAUUCGACAUGCCCGCCAAGGUGUCGAAACAGGACAGCACCCGCUCGCAAGCAGCUACAGAGUCAUCGGGCUUGUCGCGAAGCGACACGACGGGUACGUCCGACAUCAGCCCAAUCAUGAGCAGAGUUCCCAGCUCGGCAACUGCUGCCAUGAAGCAAGGAGAGCAGCGCGACACACCCCCAGUCAUCGCAGAGGAGCCAGAGAUUGACGACAGAGGUCGAGCGGCCAUUCUUGCCGAUGUGAAGCCAGGUUACCGACGGGAUCUCAACCCACCCAGCGGGACCAAGAGCCCAGCCCGAUCGCCUGCUGUGGAGGAUCAUAAGGAACUACAAGAUCCUAUGUCUGCAGAAGUUAUUAGCAACCUUGAAUCUAGCCAGGCUGCUGAUCCGUCUUUCCGUGAAGUCGAUCUAGCUGCCUCUGCAUCUGCUUCUCAAGAAAAGCCCAGCACGUUGGCAGCGCUGGAGAAGGCGGCUCAGGAAAACUUCGCCUCAAAGCAUGAAAUGCCGGCUGAAGCGAGCCCUGCAAUUUCACGUUCGGAAUCGCCUACAAAAGGUCGCGUUGCUGAUCUUGCCGGGAGGUUUAAUCAGGCGGAGUCACGCAGAAACUCCACACAAUCUGUUGACUCGUGGGAGGGCGACUCAAGGCCAUCAAGCUCCCAUGGCGGAAAAGAAGGCACACGGCCAGCCGCGGCUCGUGAAGCAAGCUUCAGACCCAAACUUCCUGGCUCAUUUGAAUCCUACAGCAGCAGUGUGCAGGCUUCUACGCCAGCAGCUGAGGACGUUUCUGCAAAAGAGACUGAUCUUGAACCUACGACCACGAAGUAUCAAGUCGAGGGUAAAGCUGUCAACCAAGGAAAGACCGCAGAAGGGCCUGUGGCUGCUCUGGCUGCUGCGGGCGCUGCUGUAGCAGCUGCUGUUUCGGGUGCGGUUGGGAGUCAAUCGGAUAACACGGAUUCUACUGCAUCUCGGCGUGAGACUGGUGAUAUUUACAAUAGACCUCUCCAUCCUGACCGCAUCGAUUCAACUUCAUCGUCAAUUGCCCCGGCGUCUCCAGCGAAGGAAAUCGUCGAACGUAUCUCAACGCCUCCGACAACUGUAAAAGACGAGCAGUCACAUGGCGACUCUGGAGAGUCGGGCGAAGACUUCGAGAGCGAUCGUCUCCGACGAGAUAUCGUUCGCACUUUGAGCCCAACGCAAGAAGAGGCACCAGCGCAGCGUGGAUUGGACGCACCAGAAAAUCGUGCACCGAAUCGAAGAAGCGAUGUCAUCUUGAGCGAGUAUGAGAGCUAUUGGGCUGGGGCUGAUGAGGAUGACGACGAGGAGCCAAAGAUGAGUGCAUCGGCGCUUCCAACAUUCGCACCCAAGCCUCUUGCACCGAAGCCGGCUACAGUGCCUGAGUCUGAAAAGGUGCUACCUGACCCUAAAGUGGCAACGACUCUCGCACCCGAGGCUGUCCCACCGCCUGCGGCCACUACUUCUGCAGCUGAAGCUCCGGUAGCAUCCUCUACACGGCCUGGCUUCUUGACACAGCGUUUUAGCUGGGAGAUGACCCCAGCAGACUCGCCUGUCAAGGAAGAAUCAGAGCAUAAGCGUUCAGCAACAGUUUCUGAAGCUGCGCCACCACCAGAGCCUCCUAAAGACAAGCUUAAACCUGAUGAUCCAUUGUCGCUGAAUCCAAAAUUGAGCAGUGAGCACCUUCAAGUUCGAAAUGCCGAGCCGGGUGAGCUUCCUAGCCCAGAGGAGAGGGGUCCCUCACUUGAUUCAAUACGGGAAUCCACCCCUCCUCCUGAGCGCUCGAAGGCAGAAGGUCCUGAAUCCCCUGUACAAACGCCAACGGUCCGCGAAACGCCUGCUGGACCGCGGCCUCCCUCGGGCCUCAAGCCUCAAGAUGGGCAGGAGGCAAGACCCCCGUCCUUCCGGGAGAUCCUGGCCAUUAAAUCCACACCAGUUCGUGUUGCAAAGUACAAUGAGACGCGACUGCAAUUUGCAACUAUGGAUACUGGUUUGGAGCAUUGGUUGAAGAGGAUGGCUGCAACUAAUCCAGAAUUUCGCAAUGUGCAGACUACCGUUUACAGGCCCGCAGUUUCUUCGAUGACAACAUCAACAAAUUCACCAUCUGGAGCACGACACAAAACUACCACCUCACUUACCAAGGUGUUUAGUAGCCAGGGAGACAGAUUCGGCGGCCCUUCGGAUUCACCACAAGAGUACCGGACAUCAGCUUCACCGAGUGAUCGUACUGCAGCGGCAGCUCUUAAAGGCAAGGACUUGCUCAACAAGGCCGGCGCACUUGGUGGAAAGGGCGUGAGCAAAGGCAUGAAAGAGGCGAAGGGAUUGUUCGCGAAGGGCAAGUCCCGAUUCAGGGGUAGUGGUUCGGAAAAGGCCCCAUUCGAGACCUCUUCCCGCCGAAGCUCCAUUGCCUCCGUUUCUUCACAAUCAAGCAUCUUCAGCCUUCCAUCGUCCCGGCGUUCUAGCUUUGAUUCCACGCCUCCAGCGAGCCGACCCGCAUCUGUAGACUUAAGCGUGGCGUCGCUCGGCCCAAAUCCUUCUCCCCAUCCAAAUUUCAAUGCCGUAAAGCUGCCGGAACCUCAAAAAUGUCUACCAGAUGAUGACAGUUUCACCCCAUGGUCCGAUGAAUGGCUGCGCGAGAAUGUGAAUUUCGACGUCAUGGCUAUAUUUUCAAGGAAGAAGAACAAAGUGGAGGAGGAAGACGAGGAGACAGCAAGGAACACCAAGCUGAAUGCGCAGAUGUCGGGACUGCCAGUAGCAAAUGGACAACAGCCCGUGGGUAAGAUUGGGGACCUCCCUUCGCCUGCACUACCUAGCUUUCAUUUCGAAAGGUCGCGGCCCUCGUCUAGUAACGGCUCAGACGUCGUGAAAAGGGGAAUAAUGAAGAACCCGAAUGGUUCUUUCACAGCACUGGCGUCGCAAACUCCACAGCAAGGCGUGUCGUCUUCAUUGACGAUCAAUAAACCCACUGGCAAAGCAGAAGACCGCAACAGCGAUACGAGAAUAGUUAGCAUGCUUGGACCUGCAGAUGGUAAUCAACGUGACAUUGGGGAUGAUCCCCCUUCUCCUGUCUCACCUGUGGAUGAGGAUGAGAAGUUCACAGGAGCAAAUUCGAAUGGAAGGCCAAGUGCAUUAAAAGUCCCAAGCGCUCAGACAAGCGUACAAGGCACUUCGUCUCCAGGUGCAACUCAAUCACCAGCUUCAGGAUCGCCUAUGCUUCGAGCAACCAGUGCCGUAGGUAUGAUGGAUGUCGGGUCGAGUCCUCGCGUAUCUUUUGCGGUCAGCGAGCCCAAGGGCAAAGAAAAAGCUACCGACGGGUCAUCUACCCCUAUUCUGGGAACUGCGCGCCACAUUCGCUUCGACUCGACUACGUUCCAUCCAAAGGCGAAGGAGAUCAAACUGCACAAGCAGAAAGGGGGCGAAGACAAGAAGCAGCAAGGGAAUGGUCCAGAGGGGAACCACAGUCCUCCGCUCAGGGUCGGCGCGGCUCACCAUGGAAAUUUCCAGCAAGCCGUAAAGGAGUCGCAAAGACCAGGCGUGCGACCCGCACCUCAGAAACGUGCGAAUCCAGAGAGUGGCGCGCUUACGAGCUUGCAUCGGGCGGACUCGCAGUACGAUCGGAUGGCGGCGAUUGCAAAUGCACAUCGCAUGAUGAGAGAGCAAUUCGAUGACAUUAAUGAUUUGAGUCUGGCGCCGCCUGAUCUGAUGGCCCGCGAGACGGCUGCAAGAAUGCGUGCCAGGCAGGAGGAGCUCGAGAGGAUGGCGACCAUGACGAGUGGCGGCGUUGUGGGUGGACCUACUCCUCCUCUUUCAGAGUCUAGACCACAAUCUAGAAGUGGAGGGAGGACCCAGAUCAGCGGUACCGCGAUCAAUGCUGAACGAUCCGAGUCAAGAGAACCGCGACCUCUGACCGUUGGACAACCUGGCAAUUCCAGAGAUUCAAGCGCUGGUAGCAGGUCCACAAGUAUGCCGCGGCUGCCUCCGACUGGAGGACCGAGGGCAAAUAGCAUCCCUCGACCUGAGAGUAUAGUCGGAAUGCCCGGCCAUAAGGAAGCACGGCGUCGAAGUCUUACAAACAGUCGCCCGGGCACGAGCGAAGGGCCGUAUUCAGUCUCACUCGAUACUUCUGUUCCUUUAUUGACAAUCUCCAAAGGCCAGUCACCAGCGACUCCUGUAGUACGUUUGAACCAUGGGUCCGCAUCUCCAGCUACGCCUUCAAGUCUAGGCGCGUUGCCCUCACAAAUGAAUCGGCCCGUCUCGCAGGUUGCGACUUUUGUGUCGCCAGACUUAUCUCCGGACUCACGACUCAGUGUCGGGCCGGAACUGAUGCCGCAGAAUACGCGGCAGUCAAAGUCGCCGUCCUCAAGCACGCCUUCAAUGAUGGCCAACAAGCCCGAAUCCGUGUCUACUUCGCAGCAGCAGCAGUUGACUUCAGCAAAGAACCACAGUCUAGAUGCACGGCCAUCCGUUGGAGGCAGGUCGGAGCAUAGUGUAUCCUCACUGGACGCUACUGAUCAUUCUGAGAAUGCCAGCCCCAUAACGGCAAAACGUGCGGUCAGUCCUAUCGGCAAAAAUUUCGAGACACGGCAGUAUUCCCCCCCUGAUCCCAAAAAGGAACGGCCUAUGAGUUUCAUCCCGUUGGAGAGGGACGCUCGCGGGCUGCCCGUUUCAGAGAUCAUCAGCACCGCUAAGCACCCCAUUGAUGUAACAACCCCUGAGGAUGAGGAAGUAAAAACAGCGCCCAAUGCUGUGCCUGGGCCUGAGAGGGAUCCGAAUCUUCAUCUACAAGAGCAGCCACAGAAGCAGCGACCAUCGUCUCUCCAACGUUCGAGUCUUCUCUCCGCGCCUUCAGACCAAGACGACGACCUGUACAAGCCACCGACCCCGAGGCGAGAAUCUAAUCAGACGACUGAAGCAAAUGGGACAUCGGCGUCCACAUCACCAGCGAAGCCGGCUACGCCGGAAGAAACUUCCACUGCCCCCUUACAUUCAAAUCCGGUAAAACAUAGAUCAAUACAACUCUAUGAUAGGCCUUUUUCCAGGGACGGAACUUCUCCCGAACUUAGCGUCUCAACGGCCGUGCCAGAUGCAAACCCGAUUGAACAUCUACAAACUCCAAUUUCGCCAGCUUCGAAGAAAGGACUCCUCUCUAAGUUCAUGAGUAAGCCACAAGCGGCCGUUUUAGCUGACGCAAGUGCGCAUUCUCAGCAGUCGUCGCGCGAUACCACAAACUCUUCAGGUGAUCAAAGACUGUCCUCUAUGACCUCUACAACCGCUAGCGUAGAUGGUGAAGGUAGAGACAAACAGCGAAGGCGAGGAUCUGGUUUAUUUUCACUGAGACGAUCCUCAAGUACGGAACCAGUCUCGUCACACGAGCCUGAUGAUACCUUCAUACCCCCCCACAACCAAGUUAGGCUCAACUCCAAAAAUGUAGCCCCUCCUCCCACAAAGUCAAAGCCGCAACGGUCGGCUACAACAAAUGUGGACGUACCUGGCAAGAAGCGACGUGGUACUCUCGGCAGCAUAUUCGCUCGUGGGUCAUCGUCUACCACCUCAACGCAGACUCCCAAGAAACAGAGCGCAAAGAUGACCGUAUUUCAUCGCGUCCCAGACAAUCCCAAUCCGAGUGCUUGGGAAUCUCAUCAGGAGCGGCGAUUUUCAGGGCCUCGAGGGGCGGAUUCAGGAAAGCCACCAGUUAACGAUCCACUACACCCAACACAAGGCAGCAGGCCAACCAGUCGAGGUGGACGGCCACCGAGUUUCGUGCACAGCCCCGGAGCCAUUGGGAUGGCCGCUAUCGCUGCACAGCAAGAUGCACAGAUUACAACAACGAUCUCAAGUACGCACCAGCGCAAAGAACGACGCUCAAUGUCACUGACAGGCGGUGGCUUUUUCGGAAAGAGGCGAUCAGACUCAUCCCCAUCUGGACAUAACCGUAACCGUAGCAAUAGCGCGGAGUCGCAAUCACAGACGAAACUAAAGAAAGGCCGUAAGGGUAAUAUGGGGAGCAUCUCUGAAACAACGCAUCAAGAAAGGCCAUGGGCAAUUACUCUUCCCGGUGCUGAGGACCAUGACGAUGAGGAGUCAAAGGAGAUCGAAAGGCGAGAGAUCAUGCAUGCGUCCUCAGCUCGUUGGCAAAGAGGUGCUGAUGGGCAGAUGCACGCUCAGCAGGAUCAGUCUCCAGCAAGCCUGACGGGCUCUACUCCUAUCAGCCCACAAACAUAUCCUUUCCCUUCACAGGGGGCCCACAACCAGAUUUUCUCAUAUUUGCCAAGUGGCGCACCGUCGCAUACAUCUUCAAGAGUGCAAGAUCAAGCCCAGCGAGGUGAAGAGUUUUCCGGCCCGCAUCCUGCCGUGUCUCCGCCGCUACAACAUGUACGACGGCUGAAUAACUACAUCGACCCGGAGAAAGCGGAGAUUUAUCAGCCCUCCGCGCCGUCCCAACCAAUCAUUCCUCCUUUGCUGCAAGACGAUGUUCCUCUCGCACAGCCUAAGCCACGUCGAGCGAGCGUGCAAGGAAACGUCAACGAUCCAAGAAUGGAUCCAAGCUAUCGUUCGACAGGUGCAUCUCGUUCAACGACUUCAAUUGCCACGGCGUCAUCAUCCCCGCGUGUCGUAGACAAUACUGAUUCGACAAGGUCCCCUUACUCAAAUAUGGAAUCUCGUGGUGGACCUGCACAACAUUCGCAAGGCUCUCUCUCUAGACCUGUAAUGAAUGGCCGAGGAGGUGAUGGAUCCUCCAGUGUUCACCCUGACAACGGCGAUAGUCCAGACGAACGUCCGCCUGUUCCGAUGAAGGAUACAAUAUCUUUGGCACAACGUGGUCCACCACGCGGAAAUGCAGACGUUGGUAGCGGAUCGCCCGCUCCUACCACUUUCAUUGCUGCCCUGGAAGAAGAGAGACGCAAACACGGCGAACACGCUGCAAUGGGCUACUCGGGCAGCAAGGCGAAGCGUGAACGGGCAGGAUUAACGGUCAACGUCCCUGUGACCAGCGGGGCGCCGCCACCUCAAGUCGGCAUCUUCUCGGAUACAGCGGCUGCUAUGGCGAGCACGACGGCCAGCGCUAACCGCAGAAGAGCCAAUGACGACAGCGACGAUGACGUGCCUGUCAUGAAAGCGACAAGUUUCCCUGGAGACGAAUGGGUUCCGGAAUUUUAUUAUGAAUAAGCAUUUUCCACAUUGCUGUUUUACCGUAUAAGAUUUUGUAAUUAGAAAAGCAUUUCGUGUUUGUGUCUAGCGAGGAGUUGUCGUUGGUCUAGUAAUAACAAACCGCAAAGGUGCC